UAUCUUCCUCGCUCUAAAUCAAUCCUUCAGAAACCCUAACUCUUCACGUUUAUUAGAAAUUUUUUUUUUGUUUCCAAUUAUAUUUUUAUUGCGCGUGGAGGUUAAAAUCCCGGCAACGCGUGUAACUCACGCCCACUUGAUUCAUGUUAAUUUCUCACCGGAGAUCUACCGGAAUCGAACCGGAUUCAUGGCGUCAGCUGUGUUAGCGAACCGGAACGAACCGAAUUGGACGCAGCCACAGCCACGUGGUGGUGGAGCUAAAUUCAUGGGCAAAAUCCCUUUCUCCAACCCUAACCCUAAGUUCUCCAAAAAACGCCAAUUUCAGCCACCUCAACCACCACAAAUCCCUGACGUCGAUGAAUCUCCUUCAGCCGCUUCAGAUGACGCGUCGUCUAUCAACCGCCGUCCACAGAACAAUCACCACGAUUUCAACACCGGAGGAUGCGUGUCGUUCAAUGUUAGCUCGUAUUCUAAGAAAGAACUAAUCGAGCUAAAAAGUCGAUUAGUUUACGAGCUUGAAAAGAUCCGAGAGUUGAAAAACAGAAUCGAAUCCUCUGAUUUCCACAUCGGACAACCCAGCUCCAACUUCAGUAGCAAAAAGCAAACCUCUACAAACAAGAAAGUAUCCGGCAACAAGCGGCCGUUUCCAGCCCCUUCAAAUUUUAACAAUUUUAAGCGAUCAAGUCCAGAUAAUGCGCAAUUGAUGAAGAAUUGCAGUCAAAUUCUGUCGAAAUUGAUGAAGCAAAAAUUAGGGUAUAUUUUUAAUACUCCAGUUGAUGUUGUGGGUUUGCAAUUGCAUGAUUACCAUGAUAUAAUCAAGAAUCCGAUGGAUUUGGGUACGGUGAAGACAAAUUUGAGCAAGAAUUUGUAUGAAUCGCCAAGGGAUUUCGCUGCUGAUGUUAGAUUGACAUUUAAUAAUGCCAUGAAGUAUAACCCUAAGGGUCAUGAAGUUUAUAUUCUUGCCGAACAGUUUCUUACAAGAUUUCAGGAUUUGUAUAGGCCGAUUAAGGAGAAGGUGGGUGAGGAUGUUGAAGAGGAGCAGAAUGAUCUAGUUCAAGAAGUGCAAGCGAGUUCUUGGGAUCAUAUUAGAAGAGAGCCAGAGAGGGUUAGUAAAAUUGAUGGUGAUUUUAUGCCAGUUACAGCGAAAUCUGAUCCAAUUGGCCAGCAGCAGCAGCCAACCGGGAUGAAUCAAAACCCUAAUUCCGUGAGGACGCCUUCACCAAUGAGGGUGCCGCAAGUGAAGCCAUUGAAGCAACCAAAGCCGAAAGCAAAGGAUCCAAAUAAGCGAGAGAUGAAUCUUGAAGAGAAGCACAAGCUAGGUGUUGGUUUGCAGAGUCUGCCACAAGAGAAAAUGGAGCAAGUUGUGCAGAUUAUCAGGAAGAGGAAUGGGCAUUUGAGGCAAGAGGGUGAUGAGAUCGAGCUUGAUAUUGAGGCCGUUGAUACAGAGACAUUAUGGGAGUUGGAUCGGUUUGUGACUAAUUACAAGAAGAUGGUUAGCAAGAUUAAGCGGCAAGCUUUGAUGGGUAUUAACACAAAUGCGGGUGCUACUGCUAUCAGUGAAGGCAAUAAUAAGGAUGUACCUGGAAAUGAUAGAAUGGAGGUGGUAAAUGAGGCGAAGAAGCCGAAGAAAGGGGAUGUUGGGGAUGAAGAUGUUGACAUUGGCGAUGAGAUGCCAAUGAGUAGUUUCCCACCAGUGGAGAUUGAGAAAGAUAAUGGACAUGCAAGUAGCAGUUCCAGUAGCUCCAGUAGUUCGAGUGAUGAUUCUUCAUCUUCAAGUGAUUCUGAUUCAGGGAGUUCUUCAGGGAGUGAUUCAGAGGAUGCACAUUCAUGAUGAUGUCUUAUUGGAGUUGAAUGAAUUCUGGAUUGCUUUAAAGCUUUCCAGGUGUCUCUUUGAAGUGCCUUGAAAUGGGUUGUGGUUGAGGGAACAAUUGUGUUGGGUUGCGUCUUAGGAGAGGUAAAUUUGAAGGAGUUGGGAGUGGCUUUGCAUUGGCUGGGGACUGAAAGCGUUUGCAAUUUGUGUAAAAAGAUGAAGGAAAUAGUAGAAAUCAAGGUUGUAGGUUAGGAUGGUAGGAAAAGCAGUGAAAAAGUAGAAUAGAUGGUUAGAGAGGUGGUUGAAUCACUUUUGUACACAUUACAACACCUAAUACAUGGAUUUUUAUUAUCUUCUGUAAA